UAUUGAUAUAAAAUAUAAAUAGUAUGUAAAAAAAUGAAGAUAAAAAAAAGUGACUUUAUGGUAGGGUGGGCCGAAGAGGGGGCUUAUUUAUUAGUUAUAAAUACAUUUUAAAGUUGUUUGUUUGUUUUUUCAAAUGUUCUAUAAAUAUACUUAACUUUGUGACACAGUUUUAUGUUAAUAAUAUUGUGAAUUUGUGAAAUUCAUGGAAUAUUGGACAUAUUUUCUGUGAAUGGUGGAUUUUUCAUUAUUAGGGGUAAGUGUGUUUGAUCUCAUUUUUCUAUGUUAAAUACUUGUCUGAUGAUAAUGAAUUUACUUUUUUUGGAUUCCUCUGUUCUUGGGCAUUAAAUUUGAUACAUAUUAUGUCAAAACUGAUAAUGGUUUUGUUAUUCAGGAUGAUGAUAAAGUAUAAUUUGCAAUUUUUUUUUUUACGGAGGGGGUGGGGUCUGGGGGGGCUCAAUUAACAGGCAUAAAUGUCUUAAAACACUUAUUUAUAUAUUUUUUUCAAAUGUUCUAUAAAUAUACUUUACUUUGUGAUACAUUUUUCUAUUAAUAAUAUUGUGAAUUUGUGAAAUUCAUGGAUUGUUGGACAUAUCUUCUGUGAGUGAUGGAUUUUUCAUUAUUAGGGGUAAGUGUGUUUGACCUCAUUUUUUCAAGUUAAAUAAUUGUCUGUUGCUUCUGAUUUUAUUUUUAUUGAAUUCCUCUAUUCUUGGGCAAUAAAUUUGAUAUAUAAUAUGUCAAUAAAAGCCAAUUUGAAAUUGGUCAAAAAAAUGGUCCUAAAAGUAGAAUGUUGAGAGCUCAAUCUGUUUUCCGCCACUUACAACUUUUAAAAAAUACACUAGCUAACCCUGUAUAACUAUAUAAUGUCUUUAAAUUCACAUUUAUACUGUUUUUACAUUUAAUUUUUUGCACUCCCAGUUUAGGGAGUUAGCGAUUUCUGAAAAUAAUUUUUAAAAAAAUUUUGUUAUCAUCUGUUUAUGUCUCAUAAUUUCACCACAAAAAGGGCCUAAAUGUAAAUACUAGACCAGUGUCACUCAGUUAAGUAGUGACCAUAGUGUAGUAUAUAAGUGAACUUCAAAUAAACACAACAUCUAUAGAACAAGUAAAGGCAUAUAAAUAUCUAGGCUUUAUCAUUAAUAACAAGUUUUCAUGGGAAGACCACCUUGGAACUCUGACAAAGAAAACAGCCCAGCGACUAUUUUUUCUAUACAGACUCAAUAGCUUUAAACUAAACAAGAAGAUCCUAGAUACUUAUUAUGGCGCGACAAUACAAAAUCUGCUAAACAUAUGGAAUAACUUGUUGGCAAGGCAACGCUUCAUCUAAACUGUUGCAACAUCUAAAAAACAUCAUAAAAAGGGCAUCAAAAAUUACACUCACAACAUUACCAUAUUGAAAGGAACUUUUUGAACAAAAGUGACUAAGGAAAAUUGAAAAAAUCUUGGAAGACAACGGCCUCUAUUCCAGCAAAAGGUCUAAAGAGAUUUUAAAGCAUUGCCUUGGACAUAUGUGUACAUUGCAUAUGAUCACAUAGAAUGCAUUUAUAGCUGCACAGGAAAAUAUCCAUAACACAAGUUCAUGUACAGAAAAUGGUCUACCUUGAUUACAAUGCUACAACACCUCUAGCUCCUGAAGUCAUUGAUGUGAUAACUGAAUCAUUGAGAGAAGCAUGGGGUAAUCCUUCAAGUUCUCAUGAGCUAGGCUGUAAAGCAAAAGAGGUUAUAUCUUUAGCAAGAACCCAAGUUGCUAACAUGAUUGGGGCAAAUAUAUCAGAUAUAAUUUUUACUUCAGGAGGGACUGAGGGAAAUAAUUGGAUUCUACAAAUGGCAGUUAAGUACUACCAUGAAACAUUUAAGAUUGAAUGUAUUGGAGACACCAACAAUAAGACAAGCAGACCACAUUUUAUAACUUCUAAUAUUGAGCAUGACUCUAUAAAGCUUGUCUUAGACCACUUUCAGUCGGAAGGAAUAGCUGAUGUUACCUUUGUACCUGUGAGAACCACAACUGGAGCAGUAGAUGUUCAAGAUAUACUGGCUGCCAUACGACCUUCCACAAUAAUGAUUACUGUAAUGUUGGCCAAUAAUGAAACAGGGGUCCUGCAGCCAGUGUCAGAUAUUUGCCACCAAGUCAAAUCAUUGAAAAGAAACAUUGGUGAAACCAAAAGAAUCCUGUUACACACAGAUGCUGCUCAAGCUAUUGGUAAAGUAUCUGUGAAUGUAGAGGAUCUAGGAGUGGACUACCUCACUGUUGUUGGGCAUAAAUUUUAUGCACCCAGAAUAGGAGCUAUAUUUGCUAAAAAUCCUGGGCAAACUUCACCAAUCUAUCCACUACUGUUUGGUGGUGGUCAGGAAAGAAAUUUCAGACCUGGAACUGAAAAUACUCCAAUGAUUGCAGGCCUCGGUAAGGCGGCACAACUUGUAUUUGACAACGUAGGCAUGUAUCACUCUCAUAUGUUGGAGAUACGAAAUUAUUUGGAACUUAAACUGAUAGAGAAUUUUCAAGACUCUGUUUGUUUCAAUGGUAAAUUCCAAUGCAGUGAACGUCUACCCAAUACAUGCAAUGUGUCAUUUAUAGGCAGCAAGAGCAUAAAAGGUCAUGAAAUACUGAGUAAUGUCCCCUCAUUACAAGCAAGUGUGGGUGCAGCAUGCCAUGCACAAAAUAGGCCAUCUUCCAUAUUAUUAGCUAUUGGAGUUCCAGAGGCUGUUGCCUGGAGUGCACUCAGGAUUUCUGUUGGUAGAGAGACAAGAAAAGAAGACAUUGAUUCCGUCAUUCAAGAUUUAGUUGUGUUUUUUAAUCAGCGCAAGUCAUUAGUGCAAGGUCACUAAAUAUGUUGUUCUAUAGGCACUUUAUUUCAUUCCAAACAUAAAAAGAGUGGAAUAUUCAAAUCAUUGAGAACCUGUUUUAAAACUAGUAUGAAAACACAUACAUUAAGCACAACCACAAAAUCUUUCAUUCGAAGACCAAUGAGGAUAUGAUAGUAAUCAUAAUGUGUACACCAAAUUGAAGAUGGCGGAUGCUUGAUCUAGAUCUAGUGCCUUGUUUCUAUGAUUUUGGCAGUUUUCUGCGUUGUUUUGAUUGCUCUUGUGUUUAUCUGUCAAGGGAGUAUAUCUCUAUAGUGGAAUUUUCAAAUUGCUGUCUUUUUUUUUACUAUCAUAUUUUUUUAUUUCUUUAAAGGCGGUCGCUUUCCAAUCGCAUUUCCUG